AUGACAGCCGAGGAGCUCUCACCAAACUCCAAACCCAACAGUGUAGCCGUCAUUGGCUGUGGUAAACUUGGCCGUCGCAUCGCUCUGUCCUGGUCCCGUGGUGCAGUUUCUGUCAGGAUCUUUGACACCGAACCGGACCGCGCUGUCGAAGCUUUGAACUGGGUGCAAGAUACUUUGGGAGACUCCAUAUCUCUAUCCAACGAGACCACAGGACAUGUGGAGAUUGCAUCCACACUAGCCGACGCUGUGCAAGAUGCGUGGAUGGUGAUCGAGUCGGUCCCCGAACAGAUCUCUCUCAAGAUGCACGUUUUGGGCGAGAUUGACAAGCUCGCGCAUCCGCUGACAAUCAUUGCUACGAACUCCUCGUCGAUUCGAAGCAGCAGGCUGGUCUCCAGUCUAAGUGAUGAAAGACAAUGCCUGUUCCUCAACACUCAUUACAUCCGUCCGCCUGAGAUACCGAUCGUGGAGAUCAUGACAUGCGGCCGGACAAGUGCAGCAGUCACCAAGGAGGCCGCUUCCCGGAUGGAGUCUGUGAGACUAGAGCCCUUGAUAGUCGAGCAGGAAUCGACGGGAUUUGUGUCAAAUCGCAUCUGGGCGGCGAUUAAGCGCGAGGUCAUGCUCGUGCUGGCCGAGAGAGUGUGCACUGCAGAGGACAUUGAUCGCGUGUUCAAGGCCAAUUUGCACGCCGCGUGGGGGCCGUGCGAGCUCAUGGACAUGGUCGGUCUGCAGACAGUGUGCGAUAUCGAAGACGUUUAUAUCGAAGAACGCAACUUGCCUACCUACGGGGUCGACUUCAUCCGCCAGAACUACGUGAGAAGAGGGCACCUGGGCCGAGACACAAGCCGAGGCUUGAUAGACUGUCCAUCGAAGCCCCAGCCCGCAUCCAUUCGAGAUCAAUUGCUUGGGAGUUGGGAUCUAAUGGAAUUGACCGCCAUAGACCCCAACGGACAUCAGCAGCACCCAUUUGGACACAGCAUCCAAGGACGACUCAUAUACUCCGCUGAUGGGUACGUUUCUGCGACCCUACAAGUGCCAGGACAAACGCCCUUUGGAGGACGAAACCCACGGGCUGGGUCAGAGAGCGAGCUGGCAGAAGCGUCAAGACGGUAUAUGGGGUACAAUGGGACUUAUUCCACGGAGGAGAACACCUCUACGCCUGUGGUGAUUCAUCGAGUGCAGUAUUGCAACCUUCCCAAUCUCCGGGGACAGACUGUGCGGCGAUUUAUAGACCUCAAGACUGUGGGUUGCGAUAGAUUGCUGGCGCUUACUUGCGAAGAAGCCUCGGCGGACCUCGAAGGGGGUCGAGAGACUCUGCGGUGGCGCAAGGCGACUCAGGAUGGGCCUUAA